AUGAUCCCGUCGGCUAACAAGAGUAUCCUGUUUCUGCCUGUAGACUCACGUCCAUCCCCAGGACUGACACUCAACCUCUCUUCCAACAAUCCCUUUCGCAACCGGGCAGCAUCACCUUCUUUGUCAGACGGGCAGCUCUCUCCCUUUGACCCCCCUCCUCGACCAGUCUCACGGAAUCCGUUCCUUGACACGUCCUCUACAAACACAGUCCCAAGACCACUAGCCGGAUCUCCAGAUAAAAUGUCGCUCGCAACAGAGAUUUCGGGGCCAAAGCCUGCAUUGACGGGCAAUGCAGCCGAACUUUUUGACAAUCUCACUCUUGAUGAGAAGCCACCUACGAGCAAUGGCAGCAUGCGACCACCACCCCCUCGAACAAAUACUAGCGAGAAGAUGCCUCCACCAUAUACAUCGGUAGCACGUGGUGAAAACGUCCCUCCUCGCGGAACCCCUGGUCAUCGACCAUCCCGUUCACAAGAAGAAGCAAUGCGGGCACGGAGAGCAGCUGGAGGAUCAUCGUCUAGCAGACCUCGACCUAGCGAAGAACUCGAUAUAUUUGCUGACCCUACUGAAUCAUCCUCUUCACGGAGACCGCCCGAAGGACGGAAAUUGCGACGAAACUCUGACUCCUCGGUAGCAGAUCGCAAACCACUCGACCCCGAGGAGGAGAAGAAACGCCAAGAAAGAAAACGCCGUGAGCGUGAACGUAGACACCGAGAGCGGGAGGGGAAAGACCCAAAAUCAAGGAAGCCAGACCGGAAAUUGGAUAUUAUCGACAAAUUAGACGUUACAAGUAUAUAUGGAACCGGAUUAUUCCACCAUGACGGACCAUUUGAUGCAUGCAACCCUCACCGAAAUCGGCAAGGAAGCAGACGUGCACCCAUGCAGGCAUUUCCAAAAGAUUCGUUGAACAAUGUCUUGGGUGGUGGAGGCCCGCUCAACAAGAGACCCGAUCAUGCGACGUUUCUGGGCCACAACGACGAUGAAGCUUUCAAGGACUAUUCCAAGGGAGGCGUGGGAUCCAGAGAAUACGAGCCUUAUGAGAAUGGCGCUGUUCGACCAGGACCAGCCCGCAUCGAGUCUCAGGUCUUGAGCGCGACGACUCGAGUGGAGCCAAUUCAUGGAGAGGAAACGCUUGGUCUAGGCACAUCUACUUUCUUAGAAGGUGCCCCCGCUUCUAGAACCGCCAUUCAACGAAGAGAGAGUGAACAGACUUCUCCAACGGAUGGUGGUCUAGGUCGAAAGAAGUCAUUGGCCCAGAAGAUUCGUGGAAUUAACAAUAAUCGCCGUGAUUUUGGCCCUUCAGGACGGAUUACCAGUCCGGAAGGGGUAUACACAGCUACAUCUCCCGAGGCACGAACACCUGCUGGAAGCAGGAUUUCCGAGUCUAACCCUUUCUUCAAUGAAUUCUCAAAGGGCGACGAUAGCAAGAAGGAAAGCAUUUCGAUCCUCGAACCAUCGAAGACUGGAAGACCACGGGCACCAAGUAGCCCGAGACGAGGGUUCGGUGAGCGUCUUGAGAGACGUGUUACUAGCGACGGCAGUGGUGGUGAAGCCGCUGCGAAGGCAGGUGGUGGCUUUCUUUCGAGAGUGAAGAGCUUGAAAGGUGGACCAAGGAAGCCGAAGCCUAUCCAAACCUCACAGGAAUCUUGA